AUCUGGUAUAGCGGUCCCGUAUAAGAUGCUGCGGUUCCGGCAGACCGGAGCAAUUGCUUGAACGGGCUCACUACCUAGGUAGGACUGUUUGUUCGAGUAUAUUUGAUCCCGGCUACCGACGCUCUGGGUUUGCAUUAUUUUGUCCUCGUCGAAGGUACACUGCAGCCGGUGGACCUAGUAACGUAUCCGCCUUCAAAAAUGGCUGCUCCACCAAUCAAACACAAGGCCCUUCUCAACGUAGAUCUGGGCGAGGCUUAUGGGAACUAUGUGUGUGGUCCGGACUUGGAGCUUCUACCUCUCAUAGACCAUGCCAAUAUUGCAUGCGGCUUCCACGCGGGCGACCCGUUGAUUAUGCAAGAAACCGUCCGCAAUUGUAAGAAAUAUAAUGUCAAAGUCGGCGCUCAUCCAGGACUGCCAGACAUUCAAGGGUUCGGUCGCCGUGAGAUUAAGAUGAGUCCGGAGGAAUUGACGGCCAUCACCGUCUACCAAGUCGGCGCUUUGAAAGGUUUCCUCGACAGAGAAGGCGUACCGCUACACCACGUCAAGCCGCAUGGCAUUCUGUAUGGCAUGAUGUGCCGGGAUUACGAGAUUGCCAGAGCAGUCAUGGAGGGCAUUCCUAAGGGAGUUCCUGUCUUCGGCUUGCCUGGCACCAACAUGGAGAAGGCGGCCAAUGACCUUGGGAUCACCUUCUGGGCCGAGUUGUACGGCGAUGUCAAAUAUGACAACCAGGGAAUGCUCGUUAUUGAUAGGAAGAAGAAGCCGUGGAAUUUGGAGGAUGUCAGGAAGCACGUCAGUCAGCAGCUGAAUACGCAGUCGGUGACUGCAACGGAUGGCAGCACCGUGAAGCUGCCCGUCAAGGACUAUCCCAUCAGUAUUUGCUGCCAUUCUGACUCGCCAGGCUGCCUUGGCAUCAUCAAGACCACGAAAGAGGUCAUUGAUGAGUUCAAUCAAAAGCAUGGAAGAUAAAAGCUGGCGCUAGGGAUUUGCAAAGCAGUAUUGAAGAGAGGGUCAGGCAAGUCGACGCUUUACAGAACCAACCUGAUAAGCAGCACUGCCAUUAAUCAAAUUGUCCCUUUUGAUAACUAUCCGAUAUUUAGGUCCGUCAUAAUAAUCAUGAACAGCACAACUUCAACAUGAAUUUCUUGGAAGUCCAAA